AGACUGUAACAGCAGAGCUGGCCAAGACUGUUUUCUUUGUUUCUCAAAAUUAGAUGUACAAGUCAAGCUGAAUCGCUUCUUCAGUCCGAGAAAGCUUCAUUUUAUCAAGGAUUUCUAAACUCAAGCUGAUAUCAAUGCUUCCAAACUCUGAGAACAUGUCGGAGGUAGAGUUGGUGGAGGUUGCUAAACCCGAAGACAAUGAGAAAAACGAAAGAUGUUCUCAGACCUUAGAUGAAGUAGGAUCAAUUAGGAAUGGAUUUAAUAUUUGGAUUUUCCUCAAGAGGAAUGCCUUCGUCCUUCUCACAAUGGCUGCUGUUGCUUUCGGGAUUGGACUGGGCUUUGCUCUGCGACACAUUAACAUGUCUGAGAGAGAAAUAACAUAUCUAACUUUUCCUGGAGAGCUGCUGCUGAGAAUGCUGCAGAUGAUGGUGCUUCCUCUUGUCGUUUCAAGUGUAAUUGCAGGCAUCUCAAAUGUUGACAGAAAAGAUUUUGGAAAAAUUGGGCUUUGGACCUUCAUCUACUACUUGGUUACUACUGUUGUUGCUGCGUUCACUGGCAUUUUCCUGGCGGUUGUCAUCAAGCCGGGGAAAUCAUCCAGGCACACGUCCGAGUCGUCUCCGGGUAAAACAGAGGCUGUGCACAGUGUGGAUGCUUUCCUGGAUCUGAUCAGAAACAUGUUUCCCUCAAAUCUGGUGGAAGCUUGUUUCAGAAAAUAUUUAACAGUUAAUCCCAGCAGUAAUUCAUCAGGAAAUCCAAUAGGAGCCACAAAUAUAUCAACAAAUGCACCAACAGCAGGAACCUCAGACGGCAUCAAUGUUGUGGGUUUGUUGGUGUUUUCUGUCGCCUUUGGCCUCAUCCUGAGCAGCAUGGGGUCAGAGGGGAAACCUCUCAGGGAUUUAUUCAACUGCAUGAAUAAAGCCAUUAUGCGUCUUGUGAGCAUAGCUAUCUGGUAUUCUCCAGUGGGAAUCAUCUUCCUGCUGGCUGGGCAGGUUGUUAAAAUGACGGACGCAGCAGAAAUAGGUCGUGAUGUUGGCAUGUACACUCUCACUGUGGUCACUGGGCUGAUCAUCCACGGCUGCGUCACGCUGCCGCUCAUCUAUGUUAUCGUCACAAGGAAGAAUCCCUUGAGGUUUUAUGGAGGAAUCCUCCAGGCUCUCAGCACGGCCUUUGGGACUUCAUCCAGUUCUGCAACCUUGCCUGUUACUCUUCGUUGUAUGGAGGAAAAUCUGAAGAUGGACAAACAGGUGACGCGCUUCAUGCUGCCUGUAGGUGCCACUAUGAACAUGGACGGUGCCGCCCUCUAUGAAGCAGUGGCAGCUUUAUUCAUAGCCCAGGUCAACGACAUGGACUUCAAUGUCGGACAGAUUAUCGUUCUCAGUUUGGUUGUUACAGCAGCAAGCACAGGUGCAGCUGGUAUCCCACAGGCUGGCAUGGUAUCCAUGCUGAUUGUGUUGAGCUCGACAGGACUGCCCACUGAAGACAUAUCACUGCUCCUCAUGGUCGACUGGAUUUUGGAUCGUUUAAGGACUGCUGCCAAUGUACUUGGUGACUGCAUUGGUGUCGGAGUGGUGCAGCAUCUCUCCAGACAUGAACUACAGACAUCCAGUCCUGCAGAAACAAAUCUGGUGUUGGAAGAAAAUCCACCCUCCAAGAGCAUCAGCAUCAAAAUGGAAUGAGUUGCCUGAAAGAAGAAAAAACCCUUCCGAUGUUGAGUAACAUAAUGAGAUACAAAAUUACGAAAUUGCAUUGACAGAAUACAGAGACAAGGCCAUUUUGUUUCUUUUUGUAUCUUAUGGUUUGUGUAGGAGAAACUCCAGAGGGAAACACAGAGAUCACUCUUCUUGUAAGACUCAAUAGAUUGCACUGCGGGACCUCAAAGAUUGUCAGGCUAAAACAAAAACUACUAAGCAACUUAUUCUUUCAGUAUAUUGAAGCAGCUAAACUCAUUAAAAGUUCCCUCCAAGUGACAUUACUCCUUGCCUUCAUCCUACAAAACAUCUUGAUCAUCCUACAAAGGUUUUUUUUUCCCCACCAGACUGGUUCUAUGGCUAAACCAAUACAGAUGCUUACUUUGUGGCUUGUUAUUUUGGUUUGUUUACUUUUGGUUUUAGUCCGCCUAGUUAAGGAGAAAUACAAUGACCAACAGAGCUUCAAAAUAAAUAGAGUAGUGUUGAAAGCUUACUGGGUUUAACCUUCCUGCUCCUUGUUUUAAUAUCACACAUCGCAUUGAACAGCAUAAUAUUUCUGUCUCUAUUCACAAACAUUCGGUAUUUAAAUAUAGUAGGUCUUUGAAUGUUGCUUGAGCCACACCUUAACUUUGCAGCCUUCAGGUAAAUAUCUCCAACAUAUUUACCUAAAGUGGUUGUUUACUCUGAAGGUUGGGAGUGUAAACGACCAUGUAACUUUGCAAUCCAUUGCAACCAUCUUUCAGCAUGAGACAUGGUGAUUUAAACAAUAUUUGUGUUGUGUAUAUGAUUAACUUACCUUGCUCACACAAACCAUCAAUUAUAAUUUCUACAAACUGAACAGCAGUGACCCCACUAGUGAUCCCUGUGGCACUCCCCUACUACCACAAGGUAGCAAAUGGGCCCAUCAGAAAGCUAUUCCAAACACGCUGACUUUAGUUUUUAUGCAUACUCUACCAUCUUAUAGAGUAUGAAAGUGUUGUAGCACGAAGGGCAUGUGUACUAACAGUUCCUUCUUUGUUCUUAGUAAUAUAUUUUUUUCAACAAAAUGACGACAUGUAGUUUGAUUAGGGACUUGCUUUCAAGUCAAACUGAAUCAGAUGCAGUAAAUUUACUCUUCUCUUUAAAACAUGUGAAGUGGUUUCACAGAAAAAUUAAAGUGGUUAACCUCUAGGCUUUCUGUCCCACCAAUCUUAAAUAUUGUUGUUCAAGAUUUAUUUUUUAUAUAUAUUGUCAAAAUAAUUGCCAGAACUUUUUGGUGAUGCCUUUGCCUGUUUAAUGAUAUCAAGGAAGAAGAUAACUUCAUUUCUAAGACCUUUGUAUACCCUUGUUGAUCAACUGCCAAGCCUGAUUUUUGGAUUAAUUUUAGAACAACAUCUCUGGAUUUUGUUAGUUGCCAUAUAUCACCACUUGUUUUAUUCACAACCUCAAUUAAAAAAGACGACCCCAUUUUUUUCACAGUUUUCCUUUGCUAAAACCAGCAUAUGUUGUUUAUUAAUGUCAUGAUGUGUAAAAAACAACAGCGAUUAGAUUUUACAGGCACAAAGGUUGUAAUCUUCUGCACUGCUGGUUGCUAGUGGACUCUUGUGAAGUUUAUUCUGUCCACAUUUUUGAUUUUUAAAGUGAAGAGUUUGUCUCAGAAUUUAUUGAGCGGACCAAACUUUUUGUUUAGGUGAUACUGGCACCAUCUUGUGGAUAAUUUUCACUAUGGCAAUAAAAGAUUGUAAUCUUGUUGAU